GGCGGCGGCAGGAGGCGGCGCUGAGGGGCGGGGGAAUCCCGCCUGAGACACCCACGCGGGCGGGGGAGGCGGCGGCUCGGGCUCCCGUCAGGAUGAGAUAAGGGCGCUGGGACCGGCUCCGUCGCGCAGGGGGAGGAGGAACCCGCCGCCCCCAUGGGGAGCGCAGCUCCGGCCUGAGAUAUAGCUUUCUGUGAUGGAAGAUGGAAGACAAAGGAGCUCGUGUUGCUGACUACUUUGUUGUAGCAGGAUUGACAGAUAUUUCAAAACCACUAGAAGAAGAAAUCCACUUCAAUGAUGCUUGCCAUAAAAUAGCUAAACCAAAAGAACCUAUCACUGAUGUGACACUAAUUAUCAAAUCUCUGGGGGAGGAAGUGCCUCAGGGAUAUAAAUGCAUAGAUGUUACUCCAUCAGGACUAUCAGCAGAUCUCAAUAAUGGUAGUCUUGUGGGUCCACAGAUUUUUCUUUGCUACAGGAGAGCAAGGGACAAGCCUCCACUUACUGAUCUUGGGGUUUUAUAUGAUGGGAAAGAGAGAUUAAAACAGGGCUGUGAAAUCAUUCAAGCCACUCCACAUGGUCGUCCUGCAAACAUUAGUGGCAGUGCCUCAUCACAAAGAGUGUACAUCACUUACCGAAGAGCCUCCAAAAACAUGACCCAAAACACCUUGGCUGUCACAGAUAUAUGUAUAAUAAUACCAAGUAAGGGAGAGAGCCCUCCACAUACAUUCUGCAAGGUUGACAAGAAUCUUAAUAACAGUAUGUGGGGCUCAGCAGUAUACUUAUGUUACAAAAAGUCUGUGGCAAAAACCAAUACCAUAUCAUAUAAAGCUGGUUUAAUAUGCAGAUUUCCUGAAGAAGACUACGAAUCAUUCCCAUUACCAGAAUCAGUGCCUCUCUUUUGUCUACCCAUGGGUGCAACUAUUGAGUGUUGGCCAUCUAAUAGUAAAUACUCCUUUCCAGUUUUUUCUACAUUUGUACUAACUGGAGCUUCAGCUGAGAAGGUAUAUGGUGCUGCUAUUCAAUUCUAUGAACCAUAUCCUGAGGAGAAUCUCACAGAAAAACAGAAAUCUCAGUUAGGGCUAGUGGCUACUGGAGAUGGGAAGUCAGAUAACUCCAAAACAGUUCAGACUAACAAAUGCAUUUGUCUACUCUCCCACUGGCCUUUUUUUGAUGCUUUCAAGAAGUUUCUUACCUUUCUUUAUCGUUACUCCAUCUCGGGUCCUCAUGUCCUGCCUAUUGAAAAACAUAUUUCCCAUUUUAUGCACAAAGUUCCUUUUCCAUCUCCUCAGAGGCCAAGAAUUUUAGUUCAGCUAUCACCACAUGAUAACUUGAUUCUUAGUCAGCCGGUGUCAUCACCUCUACCACUGAGUGGUGGCAAGUUUUCUACGUUGCUUCAGAACCUAGGGCCUGAGAAUGCAGUAACUCUACUUGUAUUUGCUGUAACAGAACAUAAAAUUCUCAUACAUUCCUUACGACCGUCUGUCCUUACUAGUGUGACAGAGGCAUUAGUCUCUAUGAUAUUUCCUUUCCACUGGCCAUGCCCAUACAUUCCUCUAUGCCCCUUGGCACUGGCAGAUGUGUUAAGUGCACCAUGUCCAUUCAUAGUAGGAAUUGAUUCAAGAUACUUUGAUCUCUAUGAUCCCCCACCAGAUGUUAGCUGUGUCGACCUAGAUACCAACACCAUUUCUCAAACUGGAGAUAAGAAAACUAUUUCGUGGAAGAUCUUACCAAAGAAACCUUGCAAAAAUCUGAUGAACACUUUAAAUAACUUGUAUCAACAAUUGGCAGAAUUGCAGCAAAGACCAAGCGAAGAUGCAUUAAUGGAAUUAGCAAUGAAUGACUAUGAUUUUAAUUCUGGGAAGAAAUUACAUUUGAUAGAUAUUGAGAUCCAGGAGGCAUUUCUUUGUUUCAUGGCUUCAUUGUUAAAAGGUUAUCGGUCGUACCUAAGGCCAAUAACACAGGCACCGUCUGAGACAGCCACAGAUGCAAGUUCCCUCUUUGAACUACAAGGAUUCUUAAAAAGUCGAGAUCGAUCACAUCAAAAAUUCUACACAUCAAUGACCAAAACUCAAAUGUUCAUUCGCUUCAUUGAAGAAUGUUCCUUUGUUAGUGAUAAGGAUGCAAGCCUUGCAUUUUUUGAUGAUUGUGUAAAUAAAGUAGAUAUGGACAGGAGUGGUGAAACUCGGCUUAUAGAACUGGAUGAGUCCUACAAGAGUGAACAUACCGUUUUCAUCACACCACCUGAGAUCCCUCACCUACCUAAUGGUGAAGAGCAUCCUUUGCAGUACAGCUAUAAUGGAUUUCCUGUGCUGAAACUAGAUUUGUUUGAUCGACCUGAGGGGUUCCUGACUACACCAAAUAACAAACUGUCUUCAAAAGGCAGUAGUCCCAACAGCCCAUCCCCAAUGUUCAGGAGAACAAAACAGGAAAUAAAGUCAGCCCAUAAGAUAGCUAAGAGGUACUCCUCCAUCCCUCAGAUGUGGUCCAGGUGUUUGCUGCGGCACUGCUAUGGGCUAUGGUUUAUCUGCCUUCCUGCAUAUGUGAAAGUGUGCCAUUCAAAAGUCAGGGCUCUGAGAACCGCAUAUGACGUGCUGCGAAAAAUGCAUACCAAAAAGAUAGAUCCACCUGAUGAGGUAUGUUACCGGGUGCUUAUGCAGCUAUGUGGGCAAUAUGGCCAGCCUGUGCUUGCAGUGAGAGUCCUUUUCGAAAUGAAAAAAGCCGGUGUUGACCCUAAUGCCAUUACAUAUGGUUACUAUAACAAGGCUGUUUUGGAAAGCACUUGGCCUUCAAGUAAUAGAAGUGGCUAUUUUCUAUGGACGAAGAUAAGAAAUGUUGUAUUAGGAAUUGCACAGUUUAAAAAAGCUUUAAAAAAACUACCUAUAAACAUACCACAAACUGCUCUUUCCGGGGGACUUUCAGAUCUUGGCGGUAAUUUGUCUUCUAAAGAAGAAUUUAGGCAAGGGGAAACGUUUGUUCGAGAUAUUAAAAAGCAAAAAGAGGACAAGAAAGAAAGUGAUUCCAGUUCUUUGUCUGAAACAGAGAGUGCAAAAGGGAGUGGUGACUGUCUUCCCAAGCUAAAUUAUCAAAAUUCAAGUAGCACUUCAUGUCAACUAGCAAAAACUGCUUCUAACAUAGUACGACUCAAUGGUACCAUUGACAAUGCUGACAGCACAGUUGAGGAAGUCCGCACUGAAAGCCCAGCAGGGCUGCUGUUCACAUCUGCUUUUGAGGAUACCAAUGAAGCAGAAGUUAUUCAAAGUAAAACCUUAAGGAAGAGACAUAAAAGUGCUAUGGAACCUGACCUGAAACAGAUGUCCUGGGGAAGCAGGAAUCGUAAUCUGAGUGGUGAUGCGUUGAUGGGGCUUGUGAUCAAUAGAAUUAACCAAAAUGAGGACCCUGGAGAUAUUGUUGAAAAAUUAGGCGCUGAUGCAAAAAUACUAUCUAAUGUAUUCCAGAAGAGCAUAAGGCCAAAUAGUCUUGACAUCAGGAAAUCAUCUUUAAGAUCUAAGAGAGAGAGUCUGGAGAAGGAAUCUAGUGAUGAAGAUGCACCUUUCUAUGGCAGUUUUGCAGAUAAAAUAGAGUCUCCUGUUAUCUUUGAAUUAGAAGACUUAGAUGCUGAACCUGACAUAGCCAGAACAGUAAAGUUAUCUACUAAAAAACCUAAGACGCUACAGCGUAAUAGUAGCUUUCUGAUAAAACCAGUUGAAAAAACAGAUGUGGAAACUGGAUUUGAUCCCCUUUCGCUCCUGGUUGCUGAGACAGAGCAACGGAAAGAAGAUGAUGAAGACGAUGAUGACAAAAGCAUUUCAACACCAUCUGCAAGGCGCGAUUUAGCUGAAGAAAUAGUGAUGUACAUGAACAACAUGAGCAGCCCCUUGACAAGCCGUGCACCAAGCAUUGACUUGCAAAAAACAUACGAUGACAAAAAUGUUAGUAAAAAGAGUCCAACGGUCACCCAGUCGUGCAGACGAUCCAGCCUUCCUCCAAACUCUCCCAGGCCAGUGAAUCUUACCAAAUCUAAAAGUUAUCACAUGAAAAAUGAAGAGAGGCCAAGGGACAGGCUUUGGUCCUCUCCGGCUUACACACCAAACAGUCCAGCAAGGGAACAAUCACAGGACAUGGCUGGUGCAUUGACUCUAGUGUCUCCACCUUCAUUCAACUUGGAUACGCUAUUAACACCUACAUUUGAUGUUCUGAAGAGCAGCGUGUUUUCUGCUGGGAAAGGGGUUGCAGAGAAAGCCAGCAAGUGGUAUUCAAAGUUUACUACGUAUGCUGCAUCCUCAAAGGAUCAAAAUUCAGACCGAGCAAGUGUUUCAUCUCUUGGAGUCCUGGAUUCAGAAUCUACCUCUCUAAAUGAUGAAGAUAUCUGCAAUGACUUUGAAGAUACUUCUUCUCCUCAAGAGAACAAUGACACCUCAAUAAAUAAGGGAAUUGGUCUAAGCAGGACAAGCCUAGAAAGUUCAUCUUCUCAUGAUGGCUCAUCCAAGCAAUUUUAUCCCUGUGGUUCUCUUUCAAAGUUCCCCUUGCCUGACAAGUCAGAGUUGAUCUCUUCUUGCAGCACAAGCAGCACCAGUGUGUUUCAGAACUAUGCAAUGGAGGUACUCAUCUCCAGCUGUUCGCGAUGUCGAACUUGUGACUGUCUGGUUCAUGAUGAAGAAAUCAUGGCAGGAUGGACUGCAGAUGAUUCAAAUCUCAAUACUACAUGUCCCUUCUGUGGCAACCUAUUCCUGCCCUUUUUGAAUAUUGAAAUCCGAGAUCUGCGGCGACCUGGGCGGUACUUUCUGAAGUCCAGUCCUUCUACAGAAAAUAUGCAGCUUGCAUCACCUUUUUCAAAUCAAACAGGAAAAUCCUGUAUCUCUACUCCCACAUCAGGUCUUGCCACAUCUGUAAUGUCCGUUCAAGAUAAUUUUAAUCCAAAAUGUAAAUCUAAACAGCAGGACAGUUCUUGUGCCCGAAGUAUCCAAAUCCCUUCAGGACGAAGACAAAAUAUGACUGGGUCAGAAUGUCCAAGUCACGCUGUAGCAAGAAGUGUCAGUACUUAUGGUCCACUGGAAGAGGUCGAGAAGGGAAGCCGGAAGCUCAGCCAUAUUGUUCCCACUGGCAGCCUGCCCACUACUCUGCAAGGAACUACAGAUUCUUUGGGACUAGAAUGGCAUUUAUGUAGUCCUGACCCCAUCACUGUUCCUUACCUAAGUCCUCUAGUGGUAUGGAAAGAGCUUGAAAGCUUGCUUGAAAAUGAAGGGGAUCGUGUGAUAACAGUGGCAGAUUUUGUAGACCAUCAUCCUAUCGUGUUUUGGAAUCUAGUGUGGUAUUUCAGGCGUCUGGAUUUGCCUAGUAACUUACCAGGACUAAUACUUUCUUCUGAGCACUGUAAUAAAAACUCAAAGAUUCCACGAAACUGCAUGUCAGAGGACAGUAAAUAUGUUCUCAUUCAGAUGCUAUGGGACAAUAUGAAGUUGCAUCAGGAUCCAGGACAACCCCUGUAUAUUCUGUGGAAUGCACAGACCCAAAAGUAUCCAGUGGUCCAUUUAUUGCAAAAAGAUGAUGACUCCUUUAACCAGGAUCUCUUGAGAAGCAUGGUGAAAAGUAUUAAGAUGAAUGAUGUCUAUGGACCAAUGAGUCAAAUCUUAGAGCGAUUAAACAAAUGGCCACAGAUGAAAAGACAGAGGAGCCUCUAUAGAGAAAUACUAUUUCUUUCACUUGUUGCUCUAGGAAGAGAGAACAUUGAUAUAGAGGCUUUUGACAGAGAAUACAAAAUGGCCUAUGAUCGUCUCACAGCUAAUCAAGUCAAGAGUACUCACAACUGCGAUAGACCUCCAAGUACUGUUGAGAGAACCAUAUCUUUAAAAUCUAAAUAUAUUUCUAUAAAUUAAUUAUAUACAUGUGUAAAGUAACACUUCAGUCACAGAGAACAUCUCAGUCUUCAGUGUUUAAAAACACAUUUACAAUGUACAGUGUCAGAAGAACUGGACCAAUGAACAGUUACAAAAAUGGACAAUGAUGCAAAGAAUGGGCCUAAUACCACUUUCCCCUCUUUGCUUCACUCUCCAAAUCGUUGUGUGGAGUAGGGGACCUUACUAAAUCAGCUCUCUAAUAAGGGACAACUUUUACAGUCCUUUAAAGAAAACUUGGAGAGGCAGGCAAAUAUGAUGCACUGAAACUGGCAUGAGUGAAGUAAAUCCUGCAAAUCUGUUUACAUAGAAUAUUCAAAAUGUUACGAAGAGCAUACAAAGCUGUAUUAUAUAUAUAUUUUAAAUUGUUUAUAGUAUGUUGAUAUUUUUUUAAUUUUUUAAAUUACUCUAGUGAAUUUUAAAUGAACUUAUUGCAUAAGCAAUAGAGUGCUCAUUUUUUUUCCGCUAUUUAUAGUAAUUGGUCCAACUAGGUUUAGAACAAAAUCAAUUGUUUUUGAAGUGGUCUGUAUAUUUCAGCACAGUCUUAAGUAGCAUUCUGAAGUCGGUAUUUCUCUUGCACUUACAAAACUUGUACUACCAUUGCAAUCAGAUGAAAAGUACGGCAAACUUGUGUAAAACUAUACACUCUGACUCUUUAUAGUAUCUUAAUUUCUAUAGCAGUCCUCCACAAAAUUCUGUAAUACAUUGAAUGAUCUCGCGGCUCAAGGAGAUCCAACAUGCUAACUGUUGGCAUUCGCUAAUUGAAUAUGUCUACAGAUAUAUAUUACAAGGUGCAUAGCAAUUAGCAUACAAAAAUAUUGUCACAUAAAAUGUACAGUGUACAGUCCUCCAUAUGGGAGUGUAGGUAUGUUUGUAAAUGCCUUAAAUAGGGCACAUAGUUCAUGCUGGUCCAAAGCUACACUAUUUUUUUAAAGUAAGAAAUUUGGAUAUGGCAAAUAUGCUACAUGAAAUAUAUAGGGAAUGCAAUAUGUUGGGAUAUGCUAUCUGUAAUAAGGUGUAUUUGGAAUGGCUGAUAUUAUAUUUUACAGGCAACACAGUAACUUUGGCUUUGUGAAGCUGCAUAACUCUCCACCUUGGAGCCAUGACUUCUGGCACGUGCUUUGAAGAUCUAGAAACUUCAGAAAAUGUUAUACAUUCAUCCAUAGCAGCUGUACACCAGAAAGUGGGUUUUAUAUACAAAGUUUCAGAGUUUUUGUGGGCGAGUUCUUUUUCCUACCUCCCCCUGACCCAUAGUAUUGGAGGUGCAGAAGACAUUCUUUCAGUCUUUGAGAAAUGGGUUUGGGUUUGCCUGCUUGCAGAUAUUCUCUCAACUUUCUCUCAACCUCUCUAAUUUCCAAGAGCAAUCAUACCAUAAUAUUUACCUACAUGGGGAAAAAUAAAUAUACCUUUUUGGUAGGAGAUUUUUAAAUCGCUCGAGACAUUUGUGCCAGCCAUCUUGUAAGAGCUAAUGAGAGGCAAUGAGGACUCCAUCCUAUUUCCACUGAAAUAAAUAGAAAAAUUCUAUUGACUUCUUUAUUAUUAUUUAUAAAUGAAAGGAAAUAGGAUCAGACCUUUAGAGGGGUAUUUCAAAGCACCUAUCAAUCCCUCUACAAAAGAGUUAAGGGGAUGCUGGCCCAAGCAGAAAGUUUUAAAAUGUCAAGAACUCCAGUUUACUCUUGAUGUUGUAUGCAAGAUACAUCUUGGACCCACAUGUGGCCUUUUUGGAUACAGCUUUCAUUGAAUACUCUUCUCUAAAAUGCUGCUUAUCGUGUAGCUAUUUUUUGUAGGUGGAAAUAGCAAUGUUACAUUUACCACUAGUUUUCAUAUGCUUAAUUAUUUUAACAAUUUGUGAUGCUUUAUUUUGUAGUGCCCACAUUUUAUGAAAAGAGUUUCACUACAUCAGUGUGGAAUAAUCGUGUUAAUUAUAAGUUACUGUACACAAGUACUUUGCCAACAUGCUCAACUCAGUCUUCAAAACCAGCUUGCAGAAAACAUGGUCAUUACUUUUGAACUUACUCAUUGUAAGUACCUAGUUACAUGCAUGCAUGUUCUGCUGUAGCUACAUUGUAUUUACCAAGUAAAAGUUACCUACAAUAGUUGCCAUGUGUGGAAAUAAUGGCCUAUAUAUUUCUGCUGUGUAUAAUGCAGUGUCACACCACUUUCUUUAAAUCCUGUUUUCUGCUAUAAUUACCACUACUUGAGGAUCACCAUUUUUAUAGCGCCUACUAGCCAUGACGGAGGGCAGUCUGUUUCUUCAGAGCUGUCAUUGGUGUUAUAGAGGUACUUGGGAAAACUAUGAGGCAGGCUUCAAGUUUUAGUCUGAGAAGGCCUGUACUGUCACAAGUAUCUGAGUUUGGUCUCCAAUCAAGUCUUAUAUGCACUUGUGCAAGCACAAGAAUAUCAACAUCUUUAAUACCUGGCCCAAUCCUUUAGCUCAACUUGCUUAUGAGUGCUUUCUGCUACCUCAGUUGUAGAAGGCUAAACAAGUUUGCCAUCUUACGCAGGUAUGAAAAGUCCCUUCAGUAUUAUAUUGAAAGUACUCUUAAGACUGCAGUUCUAAAAGAUUGCUGAUGUUUAGUUGUGCUUGCUUCACAUUAAUAUAUAAUGUAGUUUUUAUUUAUCAAAUGAAAUCAUUAUAAACGUAACCUUUAAAUACUCUUUUGCAAAAUCUGUGGCAAGUCAGUCAACUGUAGAAACAUUAGAACAUAAGAACAGCCAUACAGGGUUAGACCAUCUAGCCAGUAUGCUGUCUUCUGACAGUGGCUAAUGCAAGAUAUUUCAAAGGGAAUGAACAGAAAAGGGCGGUUAUCCAUCCUAUGACAUCCAGACCCAGUUUAUAGCAUUUAGGGCAUGUCUACACUGCCGAGAAGAUCUACCCUCUGGAGGUUGAUCUUCUAGUGUUUGAUUUAGUGGGUCUAGAGUAGACCCCC